GGCAAGAUGGCGGCGCCCAGGUGUUGCACCCUGUGUCUCCGGGUCCUGAGUUCGAGCCUGCGUCCUGGGAGCCUAUUCACGUUGUCUAAGCCCUUCUGUUCCGCCGCUGCUGCCUCUAGACCCCUGGAUGCCCAGCGAUUAGCGGAGAGGCUCCGAGCCCAGAAACGGGAGCUAAAGAAGCUGCCGGUGCCUACUAGUCCUGUUCAACGGAGGGUGCAAGAACUAGUGCGAUUCACACAGCAGUUGCAGCGAGUUCACCCCAACGUGCUUGCUAAGGCACUGUGCCGCGGGAUUCUCCAUCAGGAUAAAGACCUUGUGGUCAUCAAUAAGCCCUAUGGUCUCCCUGUCCACGGUGGCCCUGGAGUCCAGCUCUGCAUUAGUGAUGUACUGCCCAUCUUGGCGAAGAUGCUUCAUGGACACACUGCAGAGUCAUUGCAUCUGUGCCACCGGCUGGAUAAGGAAACCACAGGUGUAAUGGUAUUGGCUUGGGAGAAGGAAGUGGCACAUCAAGUUCAAGAGCUGUUUAGGACUCGCCAGGUGGCAAAGAAGUACUGGGCUGUCACUGUCCGUGUCCCUGUGCCCUCUGCAGGAGUUGUGGACAUCCCCAUUGUUGAGAAGGAGGUACAAGGCCAACAGCAACACCACAAGAUGACACUGUCCCCGAGCUACCGUAUGGACAAUGGGACAAUGGUGAAAGUGCGAGCCAACCGGAAUGCCCAUGUUGCUGUAACUCAGUACCAGGUGCUUAGCAGCACUCUCUCCUCUGCUCUUGUGGAGCUCCAGCCUGUUACUGGAAUAAAACAUCAGCUUCGAGUUCAUCUGUCCUUUGGAUUAGAUUGCCCAAUCCUGGGUGAUCAUAAGUACUCAGACUGGAAUAGGUUGGCACCCCAGAAGCUUUCUGCUGGCACCUUGAAGAAGCUGGGGUUGCCACAGUCGAAGGCCCGCUACAUCCCCCUCCACCUGCAUGCCAGACAGCUGAUUCUGCCUGCUCUGGGCUCCAGAAAGGAGGAACUCCUCUUGGACUGCAAGCUUCCUCACUUCUUUGUACAUUCCCUUCACCGUCUGGGUUUAGAGGUGCCAAGUCCGGGUCAAAGCAGGGAUGAUGAAGCACAGUGAAGACUACUGGGCAAUGUGGCCCCUGACCUCUGCUGUGUUUAUGGACUCUCCUGACCUCUCACUUGGAAUAGACUACAGGAGUCAAUCAGGAGGGAGAAGUUAAAACUUGGUUGCUUCAGGGCUUUUAAUGAAGAACAAAGUCUGUUUACUUGGAGUUUAUAUGUACAGUAGAAGAGCCUGCUAGAGGUCUCUCCGCCUUAGGGUCUCUGGCAAGAUGAAAGCCUAGGACCAGGAACAUUGUUAUACUGGUCUGAAAAGGAGAACUAAAGGCUGGAAUCUGGAGCCAGGAACUAUUUUCAUCCAAUGGGAAUGCUUAUGCACUAACAGGAAUGUUCCCCUGGUUGGGAAGAGCAUAAUAGUUAAGCAUACACUAGGGAGCACAGGCAUUCUGUCACAAAGAGUGUGAAUGCUUACUUCUCUAGUGUUUGUGAAGCCUGUAGAGAGGGUGUUUAGGGUGAGGUUGGGGUGGCAUAUUUGAUAGGCAGGGGAGCAGAUGACAUGGAUAGGCAGACAAAGUAAGAAAGCAGGUAUGAGGAAGUAGCAGAGACAACAAACCAAGGAGCAUACACACUGUCUAGUAGUUGUUAGCUCAGGCUGGCUGCCACGUGAGAACAGAUUUUCUCUUUUUUUUUUCAGAGAAACAGCAAAUCUAAAUUAUGUGAAAUAUCAGAGUAUUAUGAACUGUAUCAAGAUUUCAAAAAAUAAAAAUUCGUAGAGAAUGAGGAGAUAACUCAAUGGGUAAAUCACUUCCCACUUAAGCCUGAUUGCCUGAGUUCAGACCCCAGGUCCCACACACAAUCCAGAGCACGGAUGGCAGGAUGGAAGCUGGAGACAAGAGAACUGCCCAGAAGCAAAGACCAACACCAGAAGUCCUCUGACUUACACACACACACACACACACACACACACACACACACACAAACACGAUUGCAUGUGGGCACUCACACCUUCACACAGGUAGAUCAUGCACAUACCAAAAAUAAGCAAAUAAGAUAAAUAAGCUUAAAAAGUAGGGCUGGAGAGUUGGCUUAGUGGUUAAACACUUGCCUGUGAAGCCUAAGGACCCUGGUUUGAGGCUCAAUUCCCCAGGACCCACA